AUGAAUUCUAAUGUUUCUCAAAGCAGCAUGCCUGCGACUAUGUUUCCCUCGCGUAAGAUAUUCCCACCACCAAAGAAACGAACAAGAGGCAGAAACGGAGAACGAUCCAGAAGACUCAAAUCAAAGAGGAUAGCGAGUGCUUCUUCAAAAACAAUACAAACAUCGACAUCUCGCUCUACUCUCAGCCUGGAAGAGAUGAACCGUGCCCUAGCCCUAGCAAAUAUCACCACCAACUACCAGCGGCCAGAUAAAGACUUAAUAGAAGCCAUGAGAAAUAAACAAAGAGGCACAUCCGCUGACCCCACCAACCGUAUUCUGUCUCCAAAUACUACGCAGUCACUCACGCUGACUGAAGAAAACAUCACACCAGUUACUGGUUCUUCCGCACCCACACCCCUCACAUCGCACAAUACCUUCGACCCUUCCAAACAGCCAAAAAAACCAUCAGAUUGGGAGGCGCAAGCCAAAAGAGUAAUCGAGCGAGAAGGCCACAGCUUAGACAGAGAUUGGUCACGCAUCAGUUGGAAGCAAAAAGCCAGCAAUAUCGUGCGGCUCAAGCUGCUGAAAGAUGAUGGCUACGACAUUAGUCCACUGACGAAAAAAGGUGUCACCGCGGAUGAAAUCAUCGACGCACUACUCGCACAUAUCCAGGCCAGAAGGGGGAGCCAGUCAGGUAUCUACAUCUCUUCCUAUCCCGGAACAGUCACACAGUCAGAAACAAACGAUGGUGCAGAGAUAGAUAAAAGAAGCACAUGCCGACCAGACACAAAUGUCCCCCUCCCUCAAAUCUCAGACACCACAUAUCGUCCAAAUAAUAACACCCUAACUCCCCAUCUCGCCCAGCAAACCCUCCUACCUCAAAAACGAAAGCACAAACACGAUCACACCAACCACAUCGACCACCCCCGCAAAAAACGCCGCUUCCACUCCCCCCACCACAUCACCCGCACCUUCCAAACCUCAGCCCUACAAGCCCUCAAACGCCAGAUCCGCCGCUCACUCUUCACCUCGUCCCGUAGAUCCCGAUCCCAGUUCUACACCACAACUUCACCGGCUACGGGAUCUCACAUCCCGAUUCUCAACUUAACGCCGCGGCCUGCACCGCCGGCAUCCCGUAUCAUCUUCACGCCGCAGGACCCUGGGAGACGGCCAUCAGGGGCGGAUGCGUAUAUCACGUCUGCGGUGUUUGAGCUGCUGGGACGGGAAGUAGAGUGGUUAGGACGCAGUGCGGAUAAGGGGUGUUGGGUUUGUGAUCCCGACGCAGAAGAAGGGGAUGCGGGGAUGAUGGGAGAUGAGGAGCGGGUUAGAUAUGGGAUUAGGUUAUUAGUUAAGAGCAGGGAAGGUGAUGCGGUGCUUGAGGGGGAGUCGCGGGCUCUGGGCGCUUUGCUACGGCAUUUGCGGGAUGGUGGGUUGAUGCAUUUGGGGCGGUGGAGGGUGAGUGAUGUAUGUGAGAAUGCGGAAGGGGUGAGGGAUAUGGAGAUGAAGGUUGUGAAGAAUGAGUGUUUUCCUUUUCAUCUUAGUCCUGCUGCGAGUGGGGUGUUGGGGAAGAUUGCUGCGAUGCUUGAGAAAGGGCAGGAUAGAGGGGGCGAGGAGGUGCAUGUUGGGGUCGUACGGCAGAGGGCGAGGUUUAGUGUUAGUUGA